AUGGCGGAAUCAUCAAGCUCCGGGCUCCACCGCAUGCUGGACUCCAUUGGGAAAUGCGCGAGACGUUCGGGUUUUCGCGAGUGGAAGACCAAGCUUCGACAAGCAAUCAUCCUCCACGCUUCGGAGCUUCUCCCCGUCCUCAACGGAAACGCGCGUCCUUCGGCGACCGCGGCGAACGCGGAGGAUGUGGCCGCGUGGGACAAGGCCAACGGUCGCCUUGACAUUGGGGAUGGGACGGCGGUCGGGAGAGCUCUCAACGAGCGUUUCGAUGCUCAAACCCAGGAAGCUCGGCGUGCGUGUUACAACGAGCUGUUCAACCUGCGACACCUUGCGGGCGGUGAUCCCAUCGAGUUCUUCACAAAGGGGUGGGAUCUCAAGCUUCGCCUUAAGGUGCUGGAGGAGGAAGUAUCGGACCCAGUCUACCUGGACAUCAUGCUCUCAGGCCUGACCAAGGCUCCGGAGUUCAACUUCAUCAGGGAGAUGCACUACCGUGACAAUAUUACUUCAGUAGACAUUCUCCAGGCGACGGCUAACCGCUUUCUUGUGGAUCAGCAGUCGCGCAACGCGUCGGGCCCCGUGGUCUCGGGCCGGGGGACUUCGAUGGCGGUCGCUUCCGACACCAACCAGUGCCGCCGAUGCAAGGCGCACGGACACUUCCAGCGCGAUUGUCCCCAACAGGGCCAAAAGAGCCGUCCUAAGCAGGGCAAGAAGAAGGGAGCCAACAAGCGAGGAAGUGGUGGGAGUGCACAGCCAAAGUGGGCCAAAAGAGCCGUCCUAAGCAGGGCAAGAAGAAGGGAGCCAACAAGCGAGGAAGUGGUGGGAGUGCACAGCCAAAGUGGUGCACCUACCACAACACCAAGACACAGCGAUGCUGAGUGCCAGAAGCAAAAGGAGAUGCAGGAAAACAAGCAAAAGGAGCUUGAAAGGUUGGCGGCUAACCUGGCGCUCCUGCAGUCAGCUGGCCAUGCCAACUUUCUGCAAUUCUCCAAUAUCGGGAGUGCUCACCUGGCGCAAUCGUCUCCGGCGGUGGCGCAACAUGCUCCGUCAGAGCCGACUUCGUUCGGGUUGGAGUCGGGGGACGUGGCUAUCCCCAUGCAGACCCUCGGGGUGGACACCACGACCGGAAAACGCAAAUACUCCAUCGAGGUGAACCUCGAGGGUGAACCUGGGGGGCCGACGGUCCUCGAAGACGCCCCUGAUGCCCUCGCCUUGAAGGUGGAGUCCGCUGAUCUCUGGCACCGGCGCAUGGGGCACAUCAAUGGCAAGAGCUCGGACGUUCUACGGAAAGAACCGGUCAACGGCGUGGACUACAUCGGAGACUUGAAGGACUGCGCCUACGGCGUCCUGCGCCCGUUCCAGAACGUUUCCGUCGACACCCUUGGCCCCUUCAAACCUACAGCGUUGGGCGGAUUCAAGUACGCCACCAAGUUCGUGGACCAGCAGACCAAGUGGGUGGAUAUAGUUCUCAUGAAGGACAGGACCUGUUCUGCAGACUCCCUCGCGUUGUUCAACAAAGGGACCGUGGUUCCUAACGGCGAACGCAUUCAUUGCCUGCUGUCACCAGGGAGGAAGCGGACAAAGUCCAAGUGGGUGUUCAAGCGUAAGGAAGACGGCUCCUUCAAGGGGCGUCUAGUGGCGCAAGGCUGGAACCAAGUGCCUGGACUGGACUGCGGCAGCACCUACGCUCCGGUGUGCAGGUUACAGAGCAUUCGGAUGUUGGCGUGCAUAGCCGUGCAAUUCAACCUGGAGUUGGAUCAAAUGGACGUGUCCACAGCCUUCCUCUACGCUGACAUCCUGGAGAAGUUGUUCGUCGAACAGCCACUUGGCUUCGAGGUCAGGGACAACGAUGGAGGUGAUCUAGUGAUGCAGCUACAAAAGAGCCUCUACGGGCUGGCCCAAAGCCCCAGAAACUGGUUCCACACCAUCGACCCUUUCCUUGUUGAGAUAGGUUUCGUUCCGCUCAAGUUCAAGAUGACAGACAUGGGCGAGGUGAAACUUGUCUUGGGCAUGGAAACUAAGAGGGAACGCAACCAAGGUACACUGACGAUUUCCCAGGAAGCAUACAGCAAGUCCAUCUUAGAGAGGUUUGGGAUGUCGGAAUGCAAACCGACCAGCACGCCUGGCUACGGUUCGGAGCUCUCCAACAAGCAACCAGAGGACACUCUGCUAGGCGAGGAGGAAACGCGACCUUAUCAGGGCAUCGUGGGGUGCCUGAUGUACAUCGCUCAAUUGCUCCGCUACGACAUCAUGUACGCUACGAGCCAACUUGCCCGCCCAAUGGCGAAACCCAGCAAGAUCCACAUGAUGGCAGCUAAACACACUCUUCGCUAUGUGGCUGGAAGCACGGACUUCAGAAUCACCUUCAAGAGUUGA